AUGCCAGUCGUCCGGCUGCCCCUCAUGGAUACUUCAGAAAACACCGCGACGCCGUCGCCGGCUCCGGAUUCCCGCCGCCGGUCUGGCCGUCAGACGCGAGUUCCCGAGAAGUUCCAGCCCGAGAUCACGAUCGCGCCAAAACGCAAGAGGGGCGAGCAGGAUGAGGAGGACGAUGUCGAAAACCACGACCCAGAAGGAGACGAGGGAGAUGAGGAAUCUAGCGAAGAUGAUGCCGACGACUCUCCUGCGGAAGAAGAGCGCGCUAAGCCCAAGAAGAAGAGGACCGCGUCGCAACAGUCGCGAGCCAAGAAACCAGCCGCAAAGAAGCCAAAGAUCAACGGCGCAGGUCCUGCCGCAGGUUCACUGUCCUUGGGGCUCCCUAGUAGGCCGAAAGCGAAGAAGAGUGUGCGCGUCAUAACGGGCGACAGGCGCGACGGUGAUGGAGUAUAUGCGGACAUAUUCGGAUCCGGCGAUUCAUCGGACGAUGUAGCGAGUCGGUGGUACCAGAAAUACAAAACGGACAACGAGGCAGCCGUGACAGACCUCGUCAACUGUGUACUCCUUGCUGCGGGAUGCGACGAACAGGUGACGGAAGACGACAUCCGGGACCCCGACAAUAUUCAAAACCGCCUAUCAGAGCUGCAGGAUCUGUACCAAGAGAAACAAAUCACCGACUACCCAUUAGCAAAGCCAAAGGAGAGCAGGAGCUUCCGAGACUUGCUGGUCAACUUCUUCGAGUCUUUGAUCAAUGUGCUACACGAGACAGAUGUACUUUACACUGAUGAACCGCUCAUGGAGAACAUUGCGCGCUGGUUGUACACCAUGUCCUCGUCGACUCUGCGCCCAUUUCGACACACAGCCACAACAAUUGCUUUGGCCAUGGAGCUGGCCAUGGCAAGCGUUGCAAAGAAGCUCGACGACAGGAUAACGAAGACCGCGCAACAAGUUGACACUGAAAAGAGCCGGAAAGGCAAGAACAGGAACAAGGAGAUGCUUGCCAACCUGCAAAGGUCUCUCAACGAGGCAAACAACAAUCGCGAGAUGUGCGGCAAGUAUAUGCUAGACAAUUUCGAAGUCGUGUUUGUCCACAGGUAUCGCGAUAUCGAUGCGCGCAUCCGGACAGAGUGCGUCGAAGCUCUUGGCUCAUGGAUCUGGAUUCUGCCAACAGUCUUCAUGGAGCCCGAGUAUUUGAGAUACCUCGGGUGGCUGCUGUCGGACAUCGUACCGUCUGCACGCCAGGAGGUGCUCAAGCAGCUUUCGAGAGUGUUCAAGCGUGAUGCCUCAAAGCUUGGCCAUUUCAUCGAGAGAUUUCGACCUCGUCUGAUGGAGAUGGCAACACAAGACUUGGAUGUCAGCGUGCGGGUUGCAGCCAUCGGUGUGAUCGAAACCCUCGGAGAGGCAGGCAUGCUUGAGCCCGACGAGAUCGAUGCAGUCGGCAAGCUCAUUUUUGAUUCAGAGCUGCGAAUCCGGAAAGCAAUUGUCAAGUUCUUCUCCGACGCAGUCCAAGCUGCUGUUGAACAGAAGGUUGAAGCGAUUGGCGGCGAAGAGGCUGUCGAGGAGAUGUUUCCCGAAGGCGAAGAUGUUGAUGACACUGCACCACGGGCCGAGUGGCUCGAAGUCAAGGCCCUGGCGGAGACGCUGGCUGUCUAUGAGUCACAGCUGGAGGACGCAGACGAAGAAGAUCGACGUGGACUCGACAUAUCUGCGGAUAUGAUCAACGCAACUGCCCCUGACACGCGGAUGUCGCUAGCAUCUCAAGUGCUGUACGAGAAGAUGGAGACGGUCAAGAGCUGGGAGCUGCUGGCUGGCUUCUUACUGCACGAUCAUUCGACGAGCACAAAAUCGAGGUCCAAGUCAAAGGCGAGCUCGACUGAAGCAACGAUGCGACAACACAUCGCCCCCACGGCACAAGAAGAGGCAAUCCUGCUCGAGGUUCUAGUCGCGGCUGUCAAACAAAAUCUGCUGCACAUACACGACGCCGAAAAAGGGAAGAGGAAACCGACGAGGGGCGACGUGGCAGAGUCUGCCGAAGAAGUUGCUUUACAUCUGGCCCAUGUGAUUCCAAAACUCCUGAACAAGUUUGGCGCCGAUCCGAAGACGGCUACAACGGUCCUGCGUCUGCAGCACCUCCUUGACCUCGACGUGUUCCAACAGCUUCGACAGGAUUCAUCGACAUUUGAACACCUUCUGGCUGGAAUUUGCACGCAGUUCACGAGACAUGCGGACAAAGAUGUUGUCUCAGAGGCUACACUCGCUCUACUCCAUACUCGAAAGUGUGAAGAAUACGAAGAGACUGUGGACCUCAAAAUCUCGGCACUCUGGGAGAAUGUUAUCGACUCCUUGCGUGUCUUUGACAAAUCCCAUGACCUCGCAAAACGAGGCGGGUUGAGCGGACCAAUUCUUCUAGGUCUCUCUACGACGCUAAUGAAGAUUAGCAACCUGGCCAGAGUCAAGGAUUGCAUCGAUGUUCUGGAGGCCGAAGGCACUGCUGAUGGUUCGAAGGCACCAGCUAUCGAGAUUUUGACCAGAUCGGUUCACCGUGGUCGCUUCCAACAGGCUGACGAGGACCUUGACGACUUGGAAGACGAGGCUACUUCGUAUGCGAUCAAGUGCUGCCACUUCUACUUUAUGUGGAAGGUCUUAUCACUUACGAGCGCCAUCGAAAUGCAGACUGAUGUGUCGAACGAGGCAAUAAGUCGCCUCGCCAAUCUCAGGAAAACGUACCAAGCGAACCUGAUUCAUACGCUGUCUUCCAGAGCCAUCAACGACGACCUGCGUCUAUUUGCCACCGGCAGCCUGUGCGAUCUGCACAUUACGUUCAGCUCCAUCCGCCGCACACUCGAGCGGUGGUCGGCCGUCGGUGCGGCGAAGAAGUAUGCUGGGCUCUUGCCCCUCGUCCAAGAGAUACAACCAGGGCUCAUCCCUGAGCUCAUUAAUGUUUUUGACGGCGCUGAGCGCGCAUAUGCCAAGAAGACCAAGAGGCAUCUCAACGAGCCCGCCGAAGAUGAGGAUCCACUCGACGAUGACCAACUCUCCGAUGCCGCAGACGAAGAGGACACAUCAGCAGAAGAGAAACGAGCCUCGGAGCUCCGAGCAGAGAAGGCCUUGUGUGAGCUUACGGCCAAGUACGUCGUUGCCAUCCUGUCGAAGAUGGUGGAUCAGAACGGGCCUCAUGCGGGUAAGCUCAGGAAGCGACUCCUGCGCAACUCGGUGAAGCUCGGCAACAACUUCAAAGAGACGGUUGCCUUCUUGGACGAGAAGAAGAUGAGAGACAUCGAGGAGGCGAAGAAGAGGAAGGCCGCCUCGAGGGCGAAGAGCAAGCAGCCGGUAGCAGCGAAGCAGCCCGAGAAGCCGGCCCUCAGCGCCGAGAUAGUGGUCGCGGACGAUGACGAGGACGACUCAGAGGGCGAGCAGCCGGAGGAGCCAGAAGAAGGCACAGAGGAGGACUUGCGGAGACGAGAGCUGCUUGAAGACCCCAUCGAGGACCACGAUAGUGAGGUCGACGAGCAACCUGCCGCUGAUCAUGGGGCUGAUGAGGAGUCGAUCUUGGGAGACUGA